CAAAACCACAAGCCCAAUGGCGGUGGCGUGAACCCAGAGCCAGGCUCCUCACGCCUGGCCUCUCGAGGGCUGGUGGCUCCAAAUGCUCCACAGCCGCUUUGCCCAGAGGGCAUGAGCGGGCCACGGUCAGACUCCGGGCACCUGGAUAGCUCCAGCACAGCAAAGGUGAAGCUGCCCUGCCAGACCCUUCUCCCACAGCCAGAGCAGGGGCCAUCGGCGGCUGAGCUGAAGCUGGAGGCACUGACCCAGCGCCUGGAGCAGGAGAUGGAUGCUCGGCCAAAGGCCGAUUACUUUGGCACCUGUGUGAAGUGCAGCAAGGGAGUGUAUGGAGCAAACCAGGCUUGCCAGGCCAUGGGCAACCUCUACCAUGACAGCUGCUUCACCUGUGGAGCCUGCAGUCGAAAGCUGAGAGGAAAAGCCUUUUAUUUUGUCAAUGGCAAGGUGUUCUGUGAAGAAGAUUUCCUGUAUUCUGGUUUCCAGCAGUCAGCUGACAGGUGUUUCAUUUGUGGUCAUUUGAUAAUGGACAUGAUCCUGCAGGCCCUAGGGAAAUCAUAUCAUCCAGGCUGCUUCCGAUGCGUGGUCUGCAAUGAGUGUCUGGAUGGUGUACCAUUCACUGUAGACUCUGAAAACAAAAUCUACUGUGUCAGAGAUUACCACAAAGUUUUAGCUCCAAAGUGUGCAGCGUGUGGACUUCCCAUUCUGCCCUCUGAGGGGUCUGAUGAGACCAUUCGAGUUGUGUCCAUGGAGAAGGAUUACCAUGUGGAAUGUUAUCACUGCGAGGACUGUGGGAUGGAACUGAACGAUGAAGACGGGCAUCGCUGUUACCCACUAGAUGAACAUUUGCUUUGUCACUCCUGUCAUCUGAAACACAUAGAGAAUGGCACAACCCCAGCAGCUGCCUACCAGCACCACUACUAGCCAGCGUGGCUGACAUCGGAAAGCCGGGACAGAAGACUUGUUACGUGAUCUCCCUCUCCCUGCCCUCAGCUGAUUUCCUGUGCAUGUUUUUCGCCAGUCGGCAACAUUUCUGUAAAAGGAUAUGAGAGAUUUUUGGUGGAUUCCCAGAGUUUGUAUGCUUGUGGAUUCCAGCUGUAUCAAACCAUGUCUACUUGACCAAGAAUGUGGCAUGUUAUCUAAACUGAUCAGUUUACUUUUAUGUGCCUUUUUCUGCUGCCUGGAGAUUCCUCUUGGCUCAUUUUGGAAGAUUCUUCAGUGAAAGCACAAUUUGCUGUUGUGUCUAUAAACUCAGAUCAUGUCAUGCACAAUUAAAAAGCCAGAGGCUGGCUUGUCUGCCUACCUGCCAGAGGCAUCCUGUCAAUCUACUGUUUCCUGACAAGCACAUUUCAUCAGGUUCCCUGAAGGACAUCAAUGUAUUAGUACCAGUUUCUAGACAGUCUUUCUCUUUUUAUUAAUUCUUUAGGAAAAGAAAACAAAGGGGUCUGUGCAAAAUGGCACACUCAGACCUUUCUGUUAAUUCCCUGAACUCCAGUAUCAAGUCUGACUGUAAAAGCACCAACUUUCUGAGCACAAACCAGGCAUACUGUCUAGCAGCUGGAGGCUGACAUCCCAUUUCAAACAGAACAAAAAACUGGAACAAACUAGGCUAAGCUACUGCAAUGACUUGGGGCCCAGGCUUGUGUGUCAGCACGACACACAGGGGCCAGUCUGCUGUGUCAGAGUCUGAAUAGUGGAUCAUAUUUGGAAAGGAAAGGUCGGGAUGGUGAAAGUGUGGACACAGGGGAAAUCCAUCCUCAUUCUUGCUUGCAGAGCUUGCUUUGAAAAAAAAGCUCUCUGUACACAGACACUUGGCCUGGGUUUUUCAGUUUGUCCCCACAACUCAACCCUCAGCCUGGCCACUCCUUUCCAUGGUGUUUACCCAGCACAAAGCCAUUUCAUAAUGGUGCUUAUUUAGAACUCAGGGAGCAAACUCGAGAUUGUUAUGAAGGCUUUGUUACACAGGGAUUUGGAACCCAGCUCCACAACCUGAACUCAGAUGAGUAUAUUGGUAUAAACAGAUUUGCUCCUGUGAAUAACAGCUUAUCUGAGCAAGGAGUUAGCGAGUUUGGCCCUUACUUUCCAUUCUGCUGAGAAAGCAGAAAGACAAAUCAUUUCUUUUUUGAACCCCCCCUGCUUUAUAGUCAAAGAAAUGUGCUCCCCCACAAUAUGUUACAUGUAUGAUAGCUGUGCCUGCAGUGCAUGUUCUGUACCUACCGAAGCUGUGCAGCCCCUAGCGUACAGGUACAAAGCUUUUGUUUAAGAAAAAUCUCUUAAUUUUAAGCCUUGGAUGCGUUUGGGGAUCUUAGCUACUAUUUCCCACAUUUUCUGUGGAAAACUACAUAAAUCCUCAAGUAUCUAUGCUAAAGAUUUAAAUUUGGUUCUGACUGGCAGAGGAUGGGAUGACAUUCUUGAAGAUCUUUUUGGUGAAGAAACUACAAUAAAUUAGCUGAGCAGUGGCACUGAGACUCACAAAAAGUGUCUGUGCCGAGAACUCACUACGGUUCAACCAAACCUCUUUUCCAGUAGCAUGGAUGUAGCUUGAACUUCACUUGAUGUAGUCAGACUGCCUCGUGUACCCAUCUGGAGCAGCACAGGUACCAGGUAGCAGCAAGCUGCCUGUCUCUGCCCAUGCUAACAAACCAGCAUGCCGUGGCUGAAAUGUGAGUGUCUGCAACUGCACAAGCCUCGGGAGCCUGGUGGUUUUGGCACGGAGUUUCACGGGGCCGAUGGACCAUCCAGCCUUCUGCCCCAUUCAGCUGUUACCACCUCUGCCUGUUCCUGCUACUCUUUGGGAUGGGAAUGGCAGCUCAUGGCUGGAGGUUGAUCCUGUGCCAGAAACCACCCAGACAUGCAGCCCCUCAGUGAGAGACUGAAAGCUCAAGGUGGGGACUUUUCCACUGUGAAAUAUAUGUCUUCCGGGAGUUUUAUCUGUGGUUUUAGAGGAGGUAAAAGUGACCCCAAGUAUGUGAGCCCCCUAGAGCCUUAAAUUUAGCCUCCAAAUGCUGGUUAGUGAAGGGAUGGGAGCCAGCACAAAAUAUAAAAGGUGCUGUACCCAGGCAGGAUGAACUGGGGGCAACAAAACAGCCCUGGGCAGAUCUUGUAGUGCUCUCACCUUGGUGCAUUGCAUCAGCUUAUGUCCUGCAGCACAGUUAGGCCAGAGCGGGAAGGGGAGUGUUCAGGGUGUGGCUGUGAUCUUAGGACUGUCUGAAGGGACUGAGGUGGAAAAUAACACCAGCUCACAUCCCUGGUAAAUAAUUCAGAUAGUCCUGGGCAGAUAGCUCCCCUCCCUGAGCUGCUUUGGGCAGUAAAGGCAGUGAGGUAUCAAAGUGGCUUUUGGAAGUGAGCUGGAAACACCAGCAUUGGUCAUCUGUUGCUGUCUCUGGGAGACCAGCUACUGUGUGGUUCAUGCUUUUGCUAGCUCUUGAUUUUUUUUUAGAGCAAGCCCUUGUGCACAUUCUUUGGCCUUCAUUUUGUAAAGAUCUGAAAACACAAGUGGGAUUGAUACUUUCUUUUUAAGCUGCUGUUUAAACUUCUGUCUCACCCUUGUAGCCUUCCCCACAACCUCAAAAUAAGCAGGAAAGAAGGGGAUGGGGAGAAGGACAAUUUUCCUUUGUGGAAAGCCUUGAGCAGCCAGCUUGUGGCAAGCUGUCUUGCAGGAGCUCUCUUUGCAUCACCAGAAAGUUUGGCCUCUGCUCCCACACAGUAUCGUCUUACCUCUGUCAGCCAUCCCGUAUCCCUCAGCAUUGGGGAAUGAAGGCUGCCCUACUUUCAGUUUUGAGGUUCCCUAUAAAUUAGUAAGUGCCAACACUCUUCUGUAUUUACGAAGGGCUAGAAAUGACAGUGUGAAAGUGUUGAAAAAGGAGCUUUGUGGUUUUGAAGCUAAAGCAUCUACUUCAUUGCCCUGCACCUCUUUGUGUGCUAACUUACACCAAAUCUGUCUUUGGGAGUUGGAAUUCAUUUAAGCUCGGUAUUAUUUCUCCCAGGCUGUGGGUGUCCGAGUCCCUGUUGAUUUUUCCCAGCUUGUCCCUGACUGUGCAGCUGCCUGAUAGUAGGUCCAGCACAGGGAGAGGCAGGGGCAUCCUGCACAGGGAAGGGAGACUUCUCCUCCUGACCCUCUGCCAGCUGUCUGUGGAGCUGCAAGCCCUCACUGCCUGACUUCAGGCAGCUCCCCCAAAGGAAAAAUUGUAGCUCUGGUGCUGGAGGUGUGAGGCUUUGCAUGCUCUGCAGAAGAAGUUCAAAAUACUUGUUAAAUUCUGCCUAUCCCCUGGCUGAUACGUGUUGGGUUUUGCUGUUCACGUGAACCUUGUUGCCUUUUAAUUUAUUAAGAUACGGAAACGUGCUAUGAAAAAGUAGUCUUGGUUCCUCCCCCAUCGAGUUCUUCUGACUGGUUUUAGAGUAGGGGACCCUUGGAAGUCCCAUUGUGCUGGUAAUGAGUAACUCUCAUGCAAAUAGUUAUUCAAGUGAAUUCCCUGAAGCCUGUUUUCAGGAACCAGAGCUUAGGAGAUUUUUUUCAUUCAGGUCAUGCUGUUAAAUUUCUAUUGCUUAGAAUACAGAAACUCAUUUAAAUAGGGAUUUUUGCAUAAGAGCCGGGGGAAAACCCCAGCUAUAGAAGAAGCAGACACUUUUGUGUAAUUUAAAGUGUAAGAAACACCUGUGAUCAAAGUGAUUUUUGAAAUUGCCCUGAUAUUAAAACACAGGGAACAGCAGUUUCAAACACCCUAGCGAGCAGUGUUUGAAGAGAUCUGUGGUUCUUCAGUUUCUGAGUUUCAUUUGGGGGCUUUUAAAAUAUUUUCCCAGUCUUUCAGACUUUAAAUGAUUAUAAUUUUUUUAGAUCUUUUUACUACAAAGUGAAUAGCUGCUUAGUCUGGAAAUGGUGGAGUUUUCAUCAACAUCGGGUGUGCUGUGGCAGCCUUGAAAGGGAGAAACUGGGCUUCUAAGAGCUGGUAUGGCUCUGGCUGGUCAUUCAAAAGAGAGGAAUAUCUUUGGCUGCCGAGGGAAAAAAGUCACGUGGGCCUUGACUGCCUGCUACGUGCUCACCUUUGGGGUGGUGUGUGCUGUUGUGUCUGUGCACCUGGAUGUGUGGUACGUGCUGCCUCUGAGACACCUGCCUUUCACACCUCUGUGCCCAUGCCAAGUGCUUGUAGGUGCAUCGUAAGCAACUUUCUGUGCAUGAAUGUAAGGACAAGUUGACCCAGGCUUCAUCACUGGGAAGAUAUCUCUGGAGUCAGUACCUAUGGGCAGGGAAGGGCUAUGGCCAGAUACACAUCCCUUUUCUCCCAUCUUCUGAAUGCCUGCACCACUGGGAGAAGCUGGGAAGGAGUUUGCAUCUCUCAUUGUGCAGCAUUCAUGUGUUCAUUUUUCUUUUCCAUUUCUGUGUCCUGCCAUGAGCCCAGACAGAGCCUGGAGCUGCCACCCACCCUUUUCCUAUAGAGAAGCAAAGCUUUCCUGAGAAUAAAAAUCCUUACCCACUUUCUUCCAGGGCAGCCAGAAGCUUGCAUGGCAGUAUACAUCCAUAGCCCACUAAAGACAAGAUAAGAGAUGGGAAGAAACUGUCCCCACAUGAAAAAACAUGGCAUAGAGCCCUGUGAAGGCAGGAAUGCCCUGCAGCCCUGGUAUAGGGAUGACGGGGCUGCAGUUCCCAGCCCUGCUGGCACCGACCCUCUUCCCCACGCAGCAGGUCUGCGGCUCAUGGCCCGGAAGGGACCCAGGCACACACACAGGCUGUGGCUUUCUGUAUGCAGAAAGCACAUCCAGAGCCUGGCUAGUGAUACUGAAUGGUACUAAUUAUUUUAUGUUUCAUUCAAAGCUCAGCUCCGGGAGAGAGUAUUUUAGGAUUUGUGCUGGUGUAACUAACCUUAGCCUCCUGUGAACACAGACCUCUUUUCUUCUGUGCUGUUAAGUAUUUAUAAAGAAUGAAGACUGGUAGCAGAACAAAGCCACUGGCCUGUUGUGAUUUCAGUGAUUAAACACAGUAUCUUAAGCAGCA